AUGGAAUUCACAGAUGCACCGGUAGUUUUAACACCACCUCCAUCUCGAGCUGGUCCAUUGGAUACAGUUUCUGAAUACGAAGAGAUUGAAAGCAAUUUUAUACAUUUUUAUCGAAGUGCGUCAAUAUCAUCUGCUCUUCGUGAUAUAAAUUCAGAUGAAGGAAUGGAACAUUUCACUGAAGUGGAUGUACAGGAUGCGGAUAUGCGUGAGGCUUAA